GAAAUGGCGGUACCGGCUUCCAACGCUAACAAUCCCAUCGUAUUCUUCGAUAUCAGUAUCGGGGGGCAGGAGGUGGGCCGGAUGAAGGUGGAACUUUUUGCAGAUAUUGUACCAAAAACUGCAGAGAACUUCAGGCAAUUCUGUACUGGCGAAUUUAGGAAAGAUGGUGUCCCCAUAGGCUAUAAAGGAAGCACAUUCCAUAGGGUAAUAAAGGAUUUCAUGAUCCAGGGUGGAGACUUUGUUAACGGGGAUGGCACUGGAGUUGCAAGCAUAUAUAGAGGUCCAUUUGCAGAUGAGAACUUUAAACAAAAACAUUCUACACCUGGACUUUUAUCCAUGGCUAACAGUGGCCCAGGGACGAAUGGCUGCCAGUUUUUUAUCACAUGCUCAAAGUGCGAUUGGUUGGAUGGAAAACAUGUGGUAUUUGGUAAAGUAAUCGAUGGACUUCUUGUGAUGAGAAAAAUUGAGAAUGUACCCACAGGUCCCAACAACAAACCCAAAUUGCCGGUUGUGAUUGCUCAGUGCGGGGAAAUGUAAGAAAAAAGAUCUAAAGAUAUUCAUCAGUGUGUACUUUUUUGGAUAAAUCUCAUUUUUGCCAGUGGACCUGUUAUUGCUGUUCCUCUGGGGUGUCACAGUUUUGUAUGAAAGAAAAAUUGGACAUUAGUAACUAGAAAAAAGGGAAAUGAUUUGCUCCUUUCUAGUUCUCAGGGGAUCCUGUGCAACUGACUUUAAGACCUUGUUCAUUCUGGCACCAAAUAUGACUUCUAUUGAUGAUACCGGUAUGCAGGAAGUACUAGUCCUGGGAAUUACUAGGCCAAGUAACACUUUUCAUUUUUGAAAGUUUUUUUUUUUAAUUUUUUUAACAUACUAUUUCUAAAUAAAUGCAUAAAAAUUGUUGAA